AUGGCGGACGUCAAACACAUGACGCCCAAACCUUCGGGCAUGGCCCGGAACGCCGUCUCCAAGAUGCUUGAAAAGGGCCGCCACAAUAUGGUGAACUCGUCGAUCCAGUCUGUCGAUUCCGAGGAUCACGAGGGCCAUGGUGGCGUGUCACUGUUGGAUGACGACUCGCAAGAGGAUUUCCCCGUCCAGCCUAUCCAGUCUCCGCAAGCUGUUAUGGCUCAAGAUAUUGACGCUACCCCCAAGGCCAGCGUUGCGCAAGGGAAGAAUGGGAAUGCUCCCAACACGAAUUUUGCUAAAGAAUUCCGCAGAAAGGAUACGAAGCGUACUGGUACUUUCGAACAAAAUGGCAGCAAUGGAAACAACAGAGGCAAACAGAACGGGUUCACCAAUGGCCACACCCAAGGUCGUCAACAAGGAACUCCUGCUACCACUGGAGCUGCCUCUUUUGUCCACCAAGCUCCGAUGGCCUACGCGGUUCAGUAUCCCCAAGCAGCGCAACCCUUUCAACCAGUUCAACCUAGCCCGGCCCUGGGCAAUGGCAUACCACCUAAUCCAACAAACGAUGCAAUGGCGGGAGGUCAACCUGUUUGGGCGUCAUCAAACAACCACAACAUCAAUAAACAGCAGGCAGGUAUCGCUUACCAGCACAUGGGUAUUGCUCAAGUCCAGUCUGGCCAGGGCUUCGUGCCCAACGGGCCUGGCGGCCACCCCGGUGUUAGUUCACCCGUUGGUCAGGCUGGAUACCCGGUUGAAUAUGCGCCCAUGGGCCACCCUUAUCCUCAACAUCAAAUGGCCCCAAUCGCCGAUUCCAAUGGUCUGACACCCUUUCUCCAUAGUUCAUGCAUUCCAACUAAUGGGUCUAACGGUCUUCCAGCCUUCGCUCAGUCGCCUCAUGCCCAGCCCGUCGCGGGUGUCACCCAGUUGGCUCCUGGCCAGUUCUACUACGCCUAUGGUCCGACGUUUGGAGGUCCAGGCUCCAAUGUGCAGCCCCAGGGCGGCCAGCAGACCGGCGAUGCUCCCAGGAACGAAGACAACCAUACCGCAAAUGACCCGCAGACCGACCUCGGCCAGUCUCAGGCUACAAAGACCCCUUUGCACACGAACAAGACUUCCGUCACGAACCCUUACAAUCAAACCGAGCCACGUAACUUCGCCCCCCGCGCAGAUUCACUUCCUAUCCAACCCCCGCCUCCUUUCAUGAUUGGCACUGCUCAUGCCCCUAACACCAACGGCACUCAAGCUGGUGUCGUCGCCGGCUCCGGGAUUGAUCCGUUCUCUCCGGCGGGCAACGAUGAGCGGGCUAUUGUCAGAAUCCCUAACCACCAUUCAGGGUAUGAGACCCCGAACGAGAACUAUGCGGUCAUGCCACAUAUGCCCAUUUCUGGCCCUCCCCCUCCAGAAGUGCGAGCUGCACGCUCAACGCAGCUGAACAGGCUCACCGACGGCCCGUCUGGUCUCCCUACCGCGGGGGUAGCCUUGCAUCCUGACAACUUCCCUUUCAUCGAGAGUUGCUCCCAAGCUUCGGCUUCGGAUGCUGGAGUUGUCAAGAUAAAAAACAUUCCUUACAUGACCACUCACCAAGAGAUCAAGGCCUUCCUUGGUCGUAACUCCAAAAUCCUGAACGACGCUCAGGAGCCUGUUCAUGUCAUUAUGGAGCGUAUCUCUGGCAAGACGCAAGAAGCCUACGUUGAGUUCUUCCAUCAAGAGGAUGCUAUCAGAGCUGUCCAGCGCUUCAACCAAGCUGUGCAGAGAGGUCGUCCUCCUCGUAUUGCUGAUCGCCCUGUUGAUGUGGAACUGUCGGGCCAGGCCAGUAUGAUGAAGGACCUCUUUCCUUUGGCGGCCGGAGUUGUUUGGAGGGGCGCCGAGCCUGAAAUUCAACGUCCAGUUGAGGGCAAGCCCUGGAACACUUUCAAGGGCUUUGUCACGACCGAGGAGAUGGCUAUGCUGGUCAAGCUUGUUGAGAUGCCUCAGCGCGCUCAAUACCUCAAGCACUGCCCCCAGCGCCCUUAUGAGUGCAUGAUCUCCACCAUCAGAAAGCUGCCUUGGCAAAAGUCAGAUUGCAUCACGAUUCACCAACGCUGGGCCGUAUACAAUGCCACGAUUCGUCUCAUCGAGCUGCUUCACAACACCAUCCAGCGCAACGACCGCGAUAGUCACAUCGCCCUCGACCAACGUCUCCUCAAGCGUCUGGUCAACACAGCCAUGCUAUGCCCUGGCUUCAGCGUCCUUCAAAAGGACAACAUCGCCUUCACCGCUGGCAUGGACGAGAUGAAGCAGCGCGAGUUCAACCAACCCAGGUUCCCCGAUCUCUGGACCCACCAGCUGUCGAUUUGCCCAAAGCCUGGAGUCCCGCUCGAUGUUCUCGAGUGGUACAUUGCCAUCAUCCGCGAGGAGACCACCCGCUUUGUCCACCUCAAGCCUGUCAGCGAGAGGACCGACAUUCUCAGCAAGGCCGCCAAGAUGGACAGCAACGGCUACUUUGGCUUCCUCUGGCAUGAGAUCGGCUUCGCUGCUGGCGAUGAGUACGAUAACAUGACUCUGAAGCAAGCCAUGGAGAAGGAGAUGAGAGCCAUUGAAGAGAGCAUCAAGCGUGCGCUCUAUUAUGGCUAUCAGCCCAGUGCCAAUGGCAGGCUCAUGCAGUUGACGGCUGCUUAG